UUGCACAGUGUUCCGAAUAGUUGUAGGUUGCGAGACCGCGAAACAAACAUGACAGAUAAAGCAGUUACAGAAGAAUUCAAUGCCGACGAGCUAGAGGCUCCGGCUUGGCUGAACGCCCAGUUUAUUGGUGACGUGCUGAGCAGCUAUGAAAAGUGCCCGGAACUGAAAGUAACAGAUCUACAAAUCACCCCCGCAAGUGCCCAGGGAGAUCACUACGCCAGCGUUAUGUUCCGAACUACUGCCGAGUAUACCACCUCGAAGGGAAAGUUCAGUAAGCCCCUUAUCAUCAAGACGAUGCCCGAGCAGGAAGGUCAUAAGAAGGAUAUGCUGGCAGAAUCACAUUUGUUCUCUACGGAGAUUGGAGCCUAUACCAAGGCUCUUCCAGAGUUCGAGAGGAUUCUCCGGGAGGCGGGAGAUGAUACAAAGCUAUAUGUUCCGUGCAUUUACCACAGUUUGCAGCCUCGUCAGGUGAUGAUAUUCGAGGAUCUGGUGCCGCAGGGAUACUCUGUCAUUCGGAAUAGACCCAUCAAGGAGGGGGAACUGAAAAAAGUCUUUUCCAAACUGGCCAAAUGGCAUGCUGCCAGCAUGAAAGUUAUGAAUGAGCAACCAGAUUUCAUGAAAGAUUUUAAGUAUGGUUUGAUUGAGUUGCCCGCAUUGAUGUCGGAUCCAAUGGUCACAGGUGGCAUGGCUAACUUUGUGAAAAUGCUAGAAAAGAUUCCCGAACUUACAAAGUACAAGCCGUACUUUGAGAAAAUAAAGGGAGACUACUUACAGCGAAUGGCUGACGUGUUGCAGGAGUACCGAAAGAAUUAUCAAUCUGAUGGAUACUACGUAAUGUGUCAUGGCGAUUUCCAUCUUCGAAAUAUGAUGUUUAAGGACAACGGGGACGUCAUGUUUGUGGACUUCCAAGUCUGUAAUCUGUGCCCCAUUACAAUCGAUCUGAUUUAUUCCAUCUACAUGCUUAUGGAGGCAGAGCAGCGAUUGGAUCUCGGGAAAGAUUUAAUUAACUAUUAUUUCUCCGUUCUGGAGGAAACAUUGACAAAAUUGGACUAUAAGGCCGAGAUGCCCACACAAGUGGGUUUCUGGAAACAAAUUCAUCGUCACAAGUACUAUGAUUUCUUCCUUAUUUCCACUUUUCUUCCAAUGAUGCUGCCCAUUAAAGCAAAUAAGCUGAAAAUGGCCGAUAUAAUUCUAGACCCGAAAACGAGAGAGAAAUGCUACACAUUCGAAUUAUACGUUGAUGAAAUCAAGAAGCUCCUUCCCAAAUACGAAGAAUUGGGGUACUUUAAAGAUCUAUGAGUUUAGUGGACUGUAGACGGAAAUGUUAAUUAUGUCUGAAUGCUAAUUCAGAUAGGUUGUAUCUGUAUUGUAUCUUUGUAUUAUCGAUUUUAUAGAUUUCAAAUUCCGGGCCACCUAUAAAUUGGUAUUAUUUUCAGCUAGAAUUACUUCUAGAAUUACUUUUAAUAAAAUUUUAAAACAA